CCAAUUACCCUUUCACGCCCGAAUGCUUGCCUUAAUCGAAGUCAUUAUCAAUAUUUUGCAUAAGUUUCCGAGUCAUAAACUCGGCUUUUAUCACGCACGAUUUUAAGGCAUAUAAAACGCAGUAAACAAGCGCUCCCUGGUCUUGAAGAUUAAUUAAUCAAAAACAAAACAACCAAGAUUGCGUGUCCGUCUGUUUUACCGGAAGUAAACAAACGAUCAGCCAAGAGGCGGCACAUUCUCACGUGAUCUCCGACCUACAGCCUCGCUGUCGCGACAGGGUAAUUUUAUUCAGAUCGUUCUUUCCGAGCAUUUCAGAUCAUUUCAGUUUUGCAUUUACGAAUUGUCUGCGGCAAGGAAUGGCUUAGUCGCGUCAAGAGACUAUGUUACAUUACAGUGAAAUGGAUGGCCUAAAAUUUGUACGCAUUUCGAGCUUUCUCCGACCGCAAAGAUCUCUAACUUCUGGCUACCUUUACAGUUUGCCCUGUGCAAAGUCUUUAGAGUAGUCAGUCGCAUUGUCGCUCAAGCCUGUUUGAAGGCAGCAGUAUUUUCGGUUCGUUCUAGAAUUGUUGAAGAAUACAAUGGCUUCUGUGAAGGUGGCUGUGAGAGUGAGACCCUUCAACCAAAGGGAAAAAGUCAUGGGAGCCCAGGCAAUAAUCGAGAUGGAAGGCAAGAAAACUAGGAUUGUAAACAUCAAGGCUAGUUCAUUGACUGGCGAGGGAGAAAGACGCAAUCGUGUGAAGGAUUUUUCGUUCGAUUUUUCCUACUGGUCUGUGGAAGAGAGGAGUCGGCACUACGCUUCACAAGAGCGGGUGUUCAAAGACCUUGGUACAGACGUCCUCAAGGCUGCAUUUGAAGGCUACAAUGCCUGCAUCUUUGCUUAUGGACAGACUGGUUCAGGCAAAACCUACAGCAUGAUGGGGUCUCCUGAUAACCAAGGGCUUAUACCACGUAUAUGCGAAGGCUUAUUCACUGGCAUGCGUAACAGUGACGACAACGGACCUUCAUACAGAACUGAAGUCAGCUUUCUUGAGAUCUAUAAUGAACGUGUGAGGGACCUCCUAAGGCCACCUGUGAAGGGAAGGCCUGUGCAUUCACUCAAGGUCAGGGAACACCCCAAGGAAGGCCCCUAUGUACAAGAUCUUACAAGGCAUCUUGUCUCAGACUAUGCAGCAAUAGAACAUUUAAUGGAACAGGGAAACACACACAGGGUGACAGCCAGCACUGGCAUGAACGAUACCAGUAGCCGAUCUCAUGCAAUAUUUACCAUCAAUUUCACUCAGGCUAAGUUUGAUCAUGAUAUGCCUUGUGAGACUGUCAGUAAAAUAAAUCUGGUGGAUUUAGCUGGAAGUGAACGGGCUGAUGCCACAGGGCUGACUGGUGAGAGACUGAAGGAAGGAGCAAACAUCAACAAGUCUCUGGUCACUUUAGGGACUGUCAUUUCAGCAUUAGCUGAUGCCUCAACAGGUCAGAGUUCAGCUCAUCAUCAUCAUCACAAGUUCAUCCCAUACAGAGACUCGGUUCUAACCUGGCUUCUAAAGGACAGUCUUGGAGGAAAUUCAAAGACCAUUAUGAUUGCUACCAUCUCUCCAGCAGAUGUAAAUUACGCUGAGACCCUGAGUACUCUGAGGUAUGCAAACCGUGCAAAGAACAUCAUCAACAAACCCACAAUCAAUGAGGAUACCAAUGUGAAGCUCAUCAGAGAACUGCGUGCAGAAAUAGAUAGACUGAAGAAUAUGAUCAGCCCAGAAAUGUUAGGAGAAGCUGAAGUAGCUGCUGCUAAGAAACUGUCUGAAAAUGAAGCACGUGUGACAGAACUGACUGACCGCUGGAAGGACAGAUGGAGAGAGACUCAAAAAAUAUUAGAAGAAAGGGAAAUGAAACUUCAACAAGAAGGUGCUGGAAUCAAGAUGGACUCUGUGCUUCCUCAUCUAGUUUUGGUGGAUGAUGACCUCCUGAGCACAGGCAUAGUGGUCUAUCAUCUCAAGGAGGGAUUUACAACAGUUGGACUUGCUGAAAACUCAAAGAAACAAGACAUUGUGAUCAGUGGACCUGACACAGAACAGAAUCACUGUAUAUUUGAGCACAAUAAAGGACACGUGAUCUUGAACCCUUUAGAGUCCACAUGUGCUGUAAAUGGCAAUGCCAUUUCCAAACCAACAAGACUUUUUCAAGGUGAUGUGAUUCUUCUGGGAACAACAAACGUCUUCCGCUUUAACCAUCCAAGAGAAGCAGCAGAGUUAAGAGAGAAGAGAAAGGAAGAGUGUGGGAAUUCACUGGGUACAUCGUCACUUGCCUGGUCCACUAAGUUCCGCAGUGAAACUGACCUGGUUUUCAGACGAGGCACAGACGAAGAGUCACUGAGUCGGCAACUUGAGGAGGCAAGAAAUGAACUAGAGAAACAGAAGCAACUGGAAGCUUUGAGAAUUGAAGAGGCAAGAGCGGACUUUGCAUCACAGAUACAGGAAGAAUCCAAGCGACUCAAUGAAACGAGAGCUGAGUUGGAACGCCAAAGGAGGCUUCAUGCCAUGGAAGUACAGAGUGUGGAAGAAGCAAGGAGUAAAGUCGAAGAAUUAAACCAGAAACACACACAAGCGGAACUAGAGAGGGCAACAGUAGAAGCUGAGCUAACUAAGGAAAUUGAAACACGGGAGAAAGAAUUAAAAGUGCAGCGAGAACAGGUCGAUAAGUUGCGAGACGACAUCGAGAAAAUGAAUCGAAAAGCGGAUAAGGAAUUGUCAGAUUUGAAGAAAGGAAUAAGACAACAGAAAGAAGAAGAACUACUGCGUUUCAACGAGAACAUGAAAACUAUAAUGGACUUAGAAGAGGAAAGAGACAAAACCAAAUUACAAGUAAUGAAGGAGCGCGAAGAGUUGCAACAGAAAUGGAAAGCAGAAUCUCAAAAAGUACAGUUACAAAGGGAUGAAUUACAACAAAAACAACGAGAAUAUGAACAAAAUUACAACGCACUUGAAGAGUCCAGGCGGGAAGCCAUGUUGGAAAUGGAAGAAUUUGAGCUGGAGAAAUCCAGAGCGCUGGAAGAAAUUCGACGCCAAGAAAACAACCUGGAGCAGUUAAGAACUGGAAGAGAAGCAGCGCUUGAUAUUGCUAACAACGACAUUCGCAAACGUCGCGAAGUUUUAGAGCUGGAGUUUUUGGAAGAGAAAGAAGUGUUGGAAAAGGAAAGAACUUACCUCGAAGAUCGAAUACAUGGCUACGAGGCUGUCAUGGACAUGGCCGCUGACAACUUAGCGGAAAAACAGAACACGCUCGAAAUGAGGACAAAAGAGGAGAAUGCAAAAAUUGAAGAAGCGAAACAGAGGCUAAGAGAUAUGGAAGAAAAACUAAGUAUAAGGAUAAGAACAGCCGAGGAUGAUAUUGCUCAAAACAAACGAGAUUACCAACAGAAAGCCGAACAACAACGAGAUGAAAUGGAGAAAACGAGAGAGGUAGUGAACUCGAAAGUAAAAGAACUUAAUGAGCUGACACAAAGACUUGAAAAAUGCGCCGAAGAAGAAAGAUCGCAUAUCGAAAAAGACAUAGAGCGUACGUCUGCGAUCGUAACAAUAGAAAAAACUAGACUUGCUUCUCUCGAGGAAGAUGAGCAAAAGGCGACAGAGAAUUUUGAGAAGGAUAUGGAAGGAGAAAUGGCGGUUUUUAACGAGGGAAAACAGAGAGAAAGAGAAGCGAUUGAAUUAGAAAGAUUGAAUUUAGACAGUUUAGAGGACUUCAAGACUCAAAACCUUGAAACUGAGGAAUUGGAAUUUAAGCAAGCACAAGAACAUUACAACCAAGCGAAGAUGUUGUUAAUCGAAACAAAAAGAAACUUGUCAGAUCUGGAACAACGGCAGAGUAAAUUCUCUACAAAAGUAGAAGACGGACUUUUGCGCUUUUCAAAGGUUUUAGAAGGAGAGCUUGUAUCGCAAAAUAAACAGGACGACAUGUAUCUUUUGAGAGAGCACAGAAUCUCUUUGAAGGAAAUCGACGUGGAAGGAAAGGUGAAAGUUUCUGAAAAGCAGGAGGAGCUGACUGCGGAAUCUGAAAAGCUUUUCAACUUGAGGAAGAAUCUGAGUUUUGUGCUGGAGGAAACAGAAAAAGCACAAGAGAAAGCCGAGGCAGAUCUGCGCGAGAUGCAAGGUCGGUUUGCGCAUGAGAGAGAGGAGGAACGAACCACUCGGGAAGCCAUGGAAGAGAGUUUGAGAGAUAUCGAAGAGGAGGCGACGCUUUCCCGAAGUCUUACGGAACGAGAGAUCGCAUCUCCGACGACCGUCAGCUUGAUACUAGCUCACGAGAAACAAAGAAUCAAAGCAGAAAUGGAAGUCAAGCUAAAAGAAGUGGAGGAACACAAGAGUCGUGAGGUCGAGGAGAUGAGACUGGAAAAAGCAGAAAUACUGACAAAAUUAGACAAGGAAAAACAAGAUCUGGAAAGACAGAAAGAAGAGCUUGAAUCACUGAUCCACAGGGAAAAGGUCGAGUUGGACAAGGAACGUCAAGUGUUAGAGAGAGAAAAGCUGGAGGAGAUUGAAGGAAUUAUUCGGGAAAAAGAAAUGGAAAUAGAGGAUUUAAAAGAGAAAGCGCAGCAUGAAAUUGAUGAGUUGCGGGAAAGACUUGACGAAACGGAAAGGGAAGUGGUUUUACUUCAAGAGAAGCUGUCAACGUAUAACUCUUUUGUGGUUCCUAACGGUCACAAUGAAGACGAACUUGCAGACGGAGAAGUCAUGAACUACAUGUGUCGAGAUGACGAGAGUGAAUUCUAUGGAAGUAAUUUAAGCCUGACCGAUUCAGUGACCCCGCCCGUCAUCACCCCACCCCCCACCCCUGUGAACCGGUUCCUUGCGUCCGUGAGUUCUCACAAACGAAACCAAAUCCAAGUGUGCAUCCCGCGGUACAUCUUACGAGGCCUGGGUCGAGAUUCGUAUCACGUGUUCGAGGUGAAGGUGAGUGCGUUGAUGGCAGCCUAUAAGGGCUUAUUUUUUGGCAUCGUAGCUGUCAAUUUGCGAUCGAACAACAGCCUAAAGAGUUGCCUCCCUCACGAAUUUUUAUCUCUCUUUAGAAUCAAAGCAGAAAUGGAAGUCAAGCUAAAAGAAGUGGAGGAACACAAGAGUCGUGAGGUCGAGGAGAUGAGACUGGAAAAAGCAGAAAUACUGACAAAAUUAGACAAGGAAAAACAAGAUCUGGAAAGACAGAAAGAAGAGCUUGAAGCACUGAUCCACAGGGAAAAGGUCGAGUUGGACAAGGAACGUCAAGUGUUAGAGAGAGAAAAGCUGGAGGAGAUUGAAGGAAUUAUUCGGGAAAAAGAAAUGGAAAUAGAGGAUUUAAAAGAGAAAGCGCAGCAUGAAAUUGAUGAGUUGCGGGAAAGACUUGACGAAACGGAAAGGGAAGUGGUUUUACUUCAAGAGAAGCUGUCAACGUAUAACUCUUUUGUGGUUCCUAACGGUCACAGUGAAGACGAACUUGCAGACGGAGAAGUCAUGAACUACAUGUGUCGAGAUGACGAGAGUGAAUUCUAUGGAAGUAAUUUAAGCCUGACCGAUUCAGUGACCCCGCCCGUCAUCACCCCACCCCCCACCCCUGUGAACCGGUUCCUUGCGUCCGUGAGUUCUCACAAACGAAACCAAAUCCAAGUGUGCAUCCCGCGGUACAUCUUACGAGGCCUGGGUCGAGAUUCGUAUCACGUGUUCGAGGUGAAGAGCACUGUUGGUGCAGAUUCCUGGUCAGUAUACCGCAGAUAUCGCAAGUUCCGAGAGCUGCACAAGACAAUGAGAAAGAAUUACUACGAGGUUGGUAGCUUGGACUUUCCUAACCGCCGUUUUUUCGGUAACAGGGCAGAAGAGUUUGUGAGAGCCCGGAGAGCGCAACUUGAGACGUACCUUCAGUCAUUCAUUGGACUGUGCUCUAAAAUUCCAGAUUGUCCCAUAUCAUCGAUGACCGGCCGGCCUCUCACUAAACGGGACCUGUGUGACUUCGCGCCAUUUUUCAAACAAGGCAUCUUUGAGCAAACCAAACACUACUCUGGGUAGUCCUCUGGGUAGUCCUCUGGGUAGCUAUAGAGGAGUGGUCGAGCCGUGGUAAUUGUACAGGAUGUUUACUGCGUUCAAACGCAUAAAGCUCACGUCAUUUCCUGUUUUCUUUGCUUUGGUAUUUUUAAGAGUUCGCGCAGUAGUAAACAACGUUACGAGCCGAUAAAAUACGUAAAUAAGAUUUGUUUAAUUUCCUAUAUAUCUGCGGCGUAAAAAGUUUAAUGUGUUUUUUAUUGACGGUAAUGUCUUUUGACCAGAAGGUCGAGGAGUUCAGAAAAUUGAGACUCUCGCAAGCGGCAAAUUUGCCGGAAACUUCGCCCGCGCAGUGUGUUCGACCGCUGUGGGUCCUGGUAACGACCAGCUGACAUCAAAACGUUCAGAUUGGUCUUUCUUGCUGUGAUUGGUCGAUAAUAGAUCGUAAAUUUCCGGAUUCUUCCUCGAAGAUUUGCUUGAAACAAAGUUUUACCUGCUUGAGAAAGAAUUGAUUCGCGUUUAUAAUAUGAACUCUGGCGCAGAAGAAUACAAAAAAUACAAAUGGUUGGAAUUAUCGAGAAUUUCCGAUGGAUUAAUUUUUCCAUAAGAUCUUUACCAGUAAUGUAGAUCUAUAAAUUUAUUCAGUUUAUGCCUUCUGGUUAAUGCAGCUGACAGUUUAUUCUGUUUUUGUGAUUUAUAGAUGUAUAUAUUUUCCUUUUGGUGCAGUUUACGGGUAGAACCUUUUCCUUUGCGAAGAGGUUUUUCUUGUGAAGGAGAAACUCUUGCUUACUAGUUUUGGUAGUAAAGAGUAAGGAUGUAACAAUUCUUUGUACAUUUUGUAAUACGAUGGUCUACUGACGUAACGCAAACGUAUCACAACACAGUGGUGUGUGACAUGUUUAACUUUGUCACGCAAGUUAAAUAGGUAACGGUGUACUUAUUCUUUCCCCAGGAAGGUUAGAAGUGGUAGUUUUUAUGGUGUCAAUUGUUUGAGCGUGCAAAAUGAAAAGAAACUUUUCAUUAUCAGUAAUUCCUUUCAUAAAUUUUUCACUGGUAUCGAUGGAAUUUUGAAAUUCUAUUUAUGUGAAUUCCAAGUUGACUUCGAAUAUUUUGCUUAUUUAAGUUAUUGGCUUCCAGUACUCACUUGAUAACCGAAUUGUGGAAAAAAAUCGUGGAAUUCAUAAUGCAGUGUAUGAAUAUAAAAAUAAAAAUUGUGUAAUAUUAAAAGGAUAGUAGGUAGUAGGUGGUCAAUUUUCAAGUGUAGGUUAAAUAUCUUUUACGUACGGCUGUAUAGAGAAACUUUGUAGAUAAUGACGUGUCUAUCUUAAUACAAGAUGCAAAAUAUCCAUUAUAUUUCUCCUCGAUUUAUAACGUGGAUACUUUAUGGAUGCUAUCUCUAAAAUAUAAAAUAAAUUUUUUGCCAGUGGUA